UCUUUCGAAAAUUGUCGCAGCGAACAGAGCUCUUGAAAAGUAAUAAAAAAUAAAAAUUAAAUUCCUCUCAUUGAGUCGUUGUGUUCCGUGUCGAGCAAAGUACUUGAUUUUCGCAACCAGCACGCGCGUGUGCCGUUCUCAUUUAGAUUCACAUACCAAAGUCCAGGCCUAGGUCAAUCAAAGAACACCAUCAACACCACCCAUCAAACACCCGUGAAAAGUUCAGUUUAAAGUGAUAGAAAAACAUGCUUAAGAACAUGGUUACUGAUUCGAAGGACGCCGUUUUGGCCAAGACCAGCAGCACCAAGGAGGUGCAGUGCCAGGACUCCGGCUGCGAUGAGCCCCAAAUGGAGGCAACCCUACUGCCCCCGACCCCACUGGUCACACCAAAGAGCGGCCGCGUGGGCAUCUUUAACGCCGAGGACUUCCUGUCCCGUGCCCAGAUGAACGACAAGAUCAACAACAUUCUUCGCUCGCCAACCAAGGCCCACAACGGGGUGCGCCAGCGCUCUGUCUUCACCAACAAUAGUCCAUCGCCGCAAGCCACCAUGCGGCUCGUGCCAACGGUGGGUUCUUCGUUGGGCCCUCGUUUGAGCAGCAUGUCGCUGAGUGCCGGGAGUGUGAGCGGCGUGAAGCGCGGAAUGGAACGCGUUCUGGAGCGCGGCCUAGAGCGUGGCAGCAGCAGCAGCAGCCUAGGAGCCAGUGCCAGCGUGGGCACCAAUACCGCUAUCCUGGCCAAGGAGAGCUCCAGCCAGACGAGCAGCAGUGCUCGUCCCUUCAUGCACAUGGGCGUGCAUGCCGCCCCGCACUCUGGUUUUGGUGCUAUGCCACAGGUCACCGCUGGCUUCGAGGCCAUGGGUUUGGAGAUGGAUGCCGGAAACAUCACGCGCAGCGGCAAGAGCCUGACAAGUCGCUACAACUAUGGCUAUGAUACUGAAGGAGCCUACUGCAUGCCCCAGGCACAUCACACCCAGCAGUUUCCUUCGCCAAUGCCGCCACCACCUUAUGCCCUGGGACGAGUCAGCUCGCGCACCUUCGAUUUCGAUAACAACGCACCACCACCGUGUCCCGGAUCCGGACCUAUUGCCAUGACCAACGGCACCAUCCAGUUGCGUCUGCGCGAGGGCGUUCGAAUUGAUAUGACCUUGGACAAGGCUGUGCGCGUGCUCAACCAGCGCAGCAUGGUGGCUGUUGCCCUGUCGCGCAACUGCAGCAACUCUGCACUCAUCCAUCCCAAUGGACGCAUCUUGCAGAGCGGCUCCAAAGUGGAAAUCGUCACCUAUGACGGAAUGAAGGCCAACAACUUUGUUCGCUAUGCCAAAAUGUGGUACAAGGGCGUCAGUUUCACCAGCGAGUCCUGUGCCCUCAUCUAUCUGGUGGACACAGCUGGUACGCGCACCACCACCGACAGCUUCACCGACCUGACCAAGGACUACACACUGGCUGUGUUCUACGAUGACUCGCGCCACGGCCCAUCCUUCAUGUCGGAUGCCCACGACGUAAUCGCCAACUCCACCUACAACUGUGCCGAGGACGGUACCGAGGUGUACGACAUCAAUGGAUUCCGCAUCACACAGGCGGCCGACGGCCUGGUGAAGGUCACUCGCCAGCACAACAAGUGCCUGAUUCGCACCAGUCCUGGCAACGGAUCCGCCACCCUAACCACACCCGGCAUCCAUUGCACGGCUUCCCUGGGAAAGACCUCGCACCUGUUCGUUCGUCGCAACGAGAAGCGCAUGCACUUCGACGGAUCCUGUUUCAUUGUACGCAACGCCGGCCACUCGGCCGGAUUCAAUGAAAACAACCUGCUGAUUGUCUACUAGUACCGCUCGCUACAUGGGAUGUGCCCGGUGUUGGGUGUGGCAUCCACAUACCACCUACCAGCCAUCAGGUGCCACCACCCACCCGAGCAAUCGAAUUCACCCCAUUACCACCACACACAGACAUCAGACAAAAGACACACACAGACACCGACUCAAGCGUCGACUUCAAUACCAACAGCCAGCCCCAAAAAUAUCGAAAAACCGUGGGGCCUCGGCGUGGAGAGGGAUCAGAUCAUCUGAGAAGACCGAAUCUAUGGUUAAAAGGCUAAAAAAAAAAAAAAAAAAAAAAAAGGGAUGUUAAUCUAAAACUGUACUUAGAAAAAAAGACAGCUCAAAAAAGGGCGCGAGCAACGAGCGGCAUAUCCUAGGCCGAUUGCUCGACGUAGGCGAAACGCAACCACCAAGGAAUUAGUUUUAAGAUCCCGUCCAACUCUCUAUAUCCCUCGAUAACUCUACUUUUAUACCCAAACCCAUAGUGGUUUUUCAUACAGGCAAUCCGGGUAGGAAUCCUCCUGCCUGAAACGCUGGCCAAGACAAUGGGAUUUCGAUCAAGGUCAGCGUUUGGUGUUCAAAGAAAAAAAAAAAAGUAUGUCUUCGUUUCGCGUUCAAACUCUUCUUUCGGCCUCGCCAUGUACUUCCAAAUUACUUCUUAACGCACUUCCAAACGUUUUAACUUGAAUGCAACAUUUUGAGUGAAAGUCCAACUAGGAGAGAAAUUAAAAGUUGCAAAAAAAAUAAUUCAAAUUUCAUAUAUCAAAAUUAGAAGCACCGCGGUUGACCUGCGGACGAGUUCUUUGGCGUUACGUGCGGCUUACGUAACGCCAGUGACGAUUCUAAGUUAGUUCUAAGUUACCAGUUACGAUUAGUUAACCUAGUUGCUGCAAUCCAAGCAUGUUCAUCCUCACCCACACACCUAACACACGCUAACAAAUGAGUAGAUUUCAGUGAACUAAAAUUUCCUAGUGUAGGUAGGUAGUUUAAACUUACGCCCACAACCACACCCACCCACUCACUCACACACACAUUCAUUUAAGGACAUCGGCAAAGUGAGGAAUUGCGACUGAAAUGGAAUACGAUUUUUAAUUAGCUUACGAAACACCGUCUCGAAAAGACAGUCGUCUUUGAAAGCCAAGUUAGUAAACACACACACACACACUGGCACACUACGACUAACCCACAUGAAAAGAACCCUCGGAAAAAGUGUUACGAGGGAAGAAAAGUUUGACACCAAGUAUAGAAAAAACGUGAAAAGCCUUACAACAAUCUCCAAAACCCUAAAUUUAAUACCAUGUAAAACGAAAUUUAUGUGUAAGAAAAUCGAUUUAAAAAAGUCGCAAAUGAAAAUCAAAAAUAAAUUAAAGUAAAAUAAAUGA